GUCGGGGGAGGCGAGGCGGCCGCGCGGAUUAUGACGGGGCUGCUGGGCAGCCCGGUGAGUGCCGUCAUGCAGGAGAGCAUCGCGUGCUCCGUCGCCAAUCGCUUCUGCUACCUCCUGGACGACGCGUCGGACCCGUUCGACGUCCUGCGCGAGGUCGAGCGCCUCCGGCCGCAGCGGAAGAAGCGCGGCGAGGCGGCGGCCGGCGGCGGGAGAGCCGUGCCCGGCGGCCGGGCGGGCGGCGGCAGGAGGGAGCCGCAGAAGGAGCCCCAGAGGGAGCGCAAGCAGCCGGGGAGCUGCCCCGCAGCCGCCCCCGCGGCCCCGCCGCAGACAGGCUCAAAGGAAGUACCCAAGCAGGGAGAAGAACAAGCGUUCAGUAACAGAGAAACAGAGGGGAGACAGAACAAAACUGAAUGGAGAACAUAUUUCAGGGAAUACCGUCCCUAUGGAGCACAAAGACAAGUGGAAUUCUCAGUGGAACGACCAGUGGAAAGAUUAGACUAUGAAAGACCAAUAAGAGGCCGUGGUGGGGGAAGAGGCAGAAUGAGAGGUAGAGGAAGAGGUGGUGGAUUAAAUGGAAGUUUUGACCAAAGAAGAAAACGAGAACCUGAAAGACAAAGUGGGAAUGAUAAAACGGGGAAGGAACAGACUGCAUCUGUGGAGGAGACCGUGGAAACUCUUGGACAGCCAGGGACACCUGAAGGACAGCCUCUGAGCAAAGCUACUGAAGGAGAGCCAAUGGAAGAAGUGGUUCAAGAAAUGACAUUAGAUGAGUGGAAAAAUCUUCAGCAACGGAAUCGACCAAAACCCGAAUUCAACAUUCGGAAGCCAGAAUCCACUGUUCCUUCCAAAGCAGUGGUGAUUCACAAGUCAAAAUAUAGUGAUGAUUUGCAAAAAGAAGACUUUGAAGAUAAUUCUCAUGUCUUUCGAAAACCAGUGAAUGAUAUAACUUCUCAGCUGGAUAUUAAUUUUGGGAGUCUUCCUCGCCCUGGCCGUGGAUCAAGAGGAGCACGAGGUGGUCGUGGCAGAAGAUUUGAAGAGACAGGAUCUCGACCAGAAGUAGUGGUAAUGGAUUUUGUGGUGGUGGUGUUAUUGUUACUUGGGGUUGAUUGUUUGUUUGUUUGGGUUUUCUUCCUGUUGUUGACAGUGUUUGUGUGUGUCCUGCCCCUUUCUGUGUGGAAUUUUGAUUUUGGUUGUGACAGACUUGUUUUUAAUUCCUGUCUCAUAGUGUGUUGUCCUGCAUAUUAUGUUACUUGAAAUUAAAUACUGAUUCAGGCUCACAACUCUUAAGACAUAUAUUUCAAAAGGUCUGAUUACUAGAUGCUCUAAUGGUAGCUUAAGGAAAGGAUGCAAUUAGUUUUGAUAUAAAUUGGGAAGUAAUUAAAAUAACUAAAGACUUGCAUCUCUUUGAAAAAAAUUGUGUUACAGUAAUACUUUGUUAACUAACAGUGAGAUCAGUAAAUCUUUGAUCCUACAGAACAAUUAAUGUGUUCAAUAUAACCAUUAUAAAAAAUUUCCACUUACCUUUUCCUUUGGAAGAAAAAAGCAUUUGUACACUGGAAAAUAGCAUCUUUAUUCUUCAUACUAACAGAAACUUUACUGUGACUAAAAUGCUUUAAGAUCAGGAACUUUCAGAAUAAUAUGGACAUGUUGAUGCAU